CCGCAAUACGGGCCCGGCGGGGCCAUGGAGCUCGCCGCUGGGAGCAGGAGCCUUUCUGGUGUGGAGGUGACUGCAGGCCAGCGAGUGCGGUGCGAACUGAGUUUGGUCCAGCGUCAUGGAGAAUACGAAUUGGUUAUCCGUUCCCAAGAGAAGGAGCCACCUGUCCAAGAGAACAUUCCCAUCAACAGCCGCUUUAAAUGUGUGCAAGAGGCUGAAGAAACUCUGCUGAUCGACAUAGCAACCAAUACUGGCUGCAAGAUCCGGGUGCAAGGCGACUGGACAGCAGAGCGUCUUUUUGAGUUCCCGGACGAGGAACCAUGCUUGGGGUUCUUAUCCGAGGUGCUGAGAGUUCAGAAAGCCCAGGCCAAAGCUCCUUUCCCUGACCUUGUGGACCAUGCCUCCUGGCACCAAGUGAAAGGCCUCUCAGGGCCUGCUGAGCCUCCUGCUGCAGGGAUUGUGGGAUUUGAGGAUAACUUCAAUGCCAUGAGUUUGGAGAAGAAACGAAACUUGCAGAAUCAACAAAUGAGCGCCCGCCGAGAGCCUCCGCCACCACCUCUGCCGCCAAGCAGGCCGUGUCUCCGAGAGAAGGAGGCUGUUGUGAGCAAGGACCAGCCCAAAGUCAGCAACACCAUGCGCAUGCUCUUCGUGCCCAACACGCAAUCCGGGCAGAGGGAAGGGCUCAUCAAGCACAUCAUUGCCAAGAGGGAGAAGGAGUAUGUCAACAUCCAGAACUUCAGGUUUUUCGUGGGGACGUGGAACGUGAACGGGCAGUCUCCGGACAGUGGCUUGGAACCCUGGCUGAAAUGUGACCCUGAGCCUCCAGACAUCUACUGCAUUGGGUUCCAGGAGCUGGACCUGAGCACAGAGGCUUUCUUCUACUUUGAGUCGACCAAGGAGCAAGAGUGGCUGACAGCUGUAGAAAGAGCGCUGCAUGUGAAAGCCAAAUAUAAAAAAGUGCAGUUGGUGCGGCUGGUAGGCAUGAUGUUGCUCAUCUUUGCCAGAAAAGAUCAGCUCAGCCACAUCCGGGAUGUGAUGGCCGAGACGGUGGGCACCGGCAUCAUGGGAAAGAUGGGUAACAAGGGAGGCGUGGCCGUGAGGUUCGUCUUCCACAACACGAGCUUUUGUGUUGUCAACUCCCACCUUGCCGCCCACGUAGAAGACUUUGAGCGCCGCAAUCAGGACUACAAGGACAUCUGUGCACGGAUGAGUUUCCAGCCCCCUGACCAGAGCCAGCCGCAGCUGACGAUCAUGAAACAUGACGUUGUCAUCUGGCUGGGAGAUCUGAAUUACAGGCUUUGCCUUCCUGAUGCCAACGAGGUGAAAGUUCUGAUCAGCAAAAAUGAGCUUCAGCAACUGUUGAUGUACGACCAGCUGAAUAUUCAGCGCACUCAAAAGACCGCUUUUGCCGACUUUACAGAGGGAGAGAUUAAGUUCAUUCCCACAUACAAAUUCGACUCAAAAACGGAUCGCUGGGAUUCCAGCGGGAAGUGCCGUGUGCCGGCCUGGUGUGACCGAAUCCUCUGGCGAGGAGGCAGCGUCAAUCAGCUCCAGUACCGCAGCCACAUGGAGCUUAAAACGAGCGACCACAAGCCCGUCAGCUCUCUCUUCCUCAUUGGGGUAAAGGUUGUGGAUGAACGACGGUACCGCAAGGUGUUUGAAGAUAUUGUUCGGAUGAUGGACAGGAUGGAGAAUGAAUUCCUUCCAUCUCUGGAGCUCAGCAGGCGGGAGUUUUCAUUUGAAAAUGUGAAGUUUCGGCAGCUGCGGAAGGAGAUGUUCCAGAUCACUAACAACGGUCAAGUCACCUGCCACUUCUCUUUCAUCCCCAAGCUGAAUGACACGCAGUACUGUAAGCCGUGGCUUCGUGCUGAGCCCUGCGAGGGUUACUUAGAGCCAAAUGAGACAGUGGAUAUCUCCCUCGAUGUGUAUGUCAGCAAGGACUCCGUGACCCUUCUGAACUCGGGAGAGGACAAAAUUGAGGAGAUUCUUGUCCUCCACCUCGACCGAGGCAAGGAUUACUUCCUCACUAUCAGUGGGAGUUACCUGCCUAGCUGCUUUGGGACCUCCUUAGAAGCGUUGUGCCGCAUGAAGCGGCCAAUCCGCCAAAUCCCCGUCACCAAGCUCAUCGAUCUGGGAGAAGACAGUUUCCUAGAAAAGGAGAAAUCCCUUUUGGAGAUGGUGCCCCAGGACAGCGAUGACUCCGGCGAUCGGCCUUUGCAUGUUCCUAAGGAGAUCUGGAUCUUGGUGGACCACCUCUUCAAGAAUGCUUGCCAUCAGGAGGACCUCUUCCAGACCCCAGGCAUGCAAGAUGAACUGCAGGACAUCAUUGAGUGCCUGGACACGACCAUUCCCGAGACGAUCCCUGGCAGUAACCACUCUGUGGCUGAGGCCCUGCUGAUCUUCCUGGAGGCCCUACCGGAACCAGUCAUUUGCUAUGAGCUGUAUCAGCGCUGCCUUGAUUGCUCCCAAGACAGCCGUUUCUGCCGGCAGGUGAUCUGCCAGCUGCCCCGGUCCCACCGGAACGUGUUCCGCUACCUGAUGGCAUUCUUGCGGGAGCUGCUGAAAUAUUCCGAGGAUAACAACGUCAGUGCCAACAUGCUAGCCACACUCUUUGCCAGCCUCCUUCUACGGCCCCCGCCCAACAUUUUGGCGAAGCAGACCCCGCAGGAGCGCCAGCGGGCUAUUAACUUCCUCCUUGUCUUCCUGCUGGGAGUGGAUGACUACUAAAGGUGCCAAAGUGUGGGCUCCGCGCCAGCUUGGUGGCAACUUGGAGCAGGGUGG